AUGCUUUAUCGCACUCGAAGCCAGACCAAGGUCCUUCCAGCCAUCGAGGGCUCACCAACCGCGAAAUUGUCACAUAAUGCCGUCCUCCCAAAGCCUAUUGGCCAUAUCGGCACCGCUAGUCCAACGGAACAAAGCGAAGAGGCUCGUAGAGUCUUCCAAGAGAAAUACAAGUGCCCUGCGCGCCCACUACAGAUUGAUGUGGUAGUUAGCCUCUUGAAUAAGAAGACUACUUUCCUUAUUGCAGGCACGGGUUAUGGAAAGAGCCGCAUACCCGAACUCUAUCGCAAUUUGUAUAGUGAUGGCAUAGUACUUAUAAUCUGCCCUUUAGAAGCCCUUGGUGAUGACCAGGUGCUUGAAAAGACCAGUGUCAACGAAUCCGCGAUUAACUUGACAUCCAAUUCUAUUUCAAAGGAAGCUAUAAGUGAUAUCUUGAACGGUAAAUACCACUAUGUUUACGUGGCAUGGAUGGAUCCCAUUGGAUACAACCGAACCCGAGUACCAGGGCGAUGCGACUGCUCAAACUGCUCGCCAGAGGAGGCCGAGGCGAUUUGGCUUCUUCAACCUCACAUCACAAACGAAGCCAUCGACAAGGUGCUAGCAAUGGACCUUGCCGAGCUGACUACGAUGCUAGACGAAGCUCCAACCGGUAUGAACGUUCAAGGAGGCUCCAAUGGUUGGGUCCCUAAACGAUCCUUUUUAGAUUUGUUUAAUGGGACUUUCACCGAACCUUGUGAUAUAAGACACGAUGAUCUGUUUCCGUCUUUUCUGGCUUGGGAGAUAAUCAAAAACAUUGAUCAUUUAGAGGAACCCGGGUUCCUUGAGCAAAUUUUGGGUUCCGAAGUCAUCAAACAUCAGUUCCAAGUGUUACUCAAAACUAGCAAGUCACAUCUCACAAUUGAAAGAUCAGGUCACACCGCUCAAAAUGGUAGUACAACUGUGAAAGAUCACCCUAAUCGCCGCUCUAAACUCAAACGGUGGGUUCCCCAAUCAGUGGAAGGUGCGAAAUUAGAUAAAGGACAAGCUGAAGCAAAAAAGGCCGCAAAGAAGCUUAACGAUGAGGCUGUCAAACUUCGAAAGGCCGCCAUGAAAGCACAGAAGAAGCAUGAUAAGGAUCUUAGUGGGGCUAUGAAGCAGAAGGCCAGCCUCAACAAACGGGCUAUAGUUGACCAAUCAAAUGACGGAAAAGACUCAAGGGUUACAAAACGGGCGAAAAAUCCAAAGGAUGUGAUAUGUUCAUUCUAA